UUCAUUUAUUGUUUAUUUUUUACAGUAUGCUACAAGAAAACCUUACAGCAAUCAAGGAGUUUAUUCUUGUGGGCUUUCCAACACUCCACCCUGAUUAUUAUGGUCUGGUCUCAUUAAUGCUUUGUAUUGUAUAUGUUAUCACAGUUGUAGGGAACUCUGUUCUAGUGGUAACAUUUGUGCACGAGCCCAGCCUCCAUAAACCUAUGUACAUUAUCAUGUUGAGUUUGGCUCUGUCUGACAUAGGAUUCAGCACUGUUACACUGCCUAAGAUAAUUGCACGGUACUGGUUUGGUGAUAAAUUCAUAUCCUUUCACGUGUGCUUCAUACAAAUGUUACUGGUCCAUUCCUUUGGCACUGUAAACUCUUACAUUAUGGGGAUCAUGGCUUUGGAUCGUUACAUAGCCAUACUUAAACCUCUUAGGUACUCUGUAAUAAUGAAUAAUCGCACCAUGACCAUCCUGAAUAGUGUUGCCUGGGUGUGCUCAUUCAUCACCCCAGGUAUUGUGACUAUCCGUGCCUAUAUGCAAAUAUACUGUGGACCUAACCACAUUUACCAGUGUUACUGUGAUCAUAAUUCUAUCAUCACAUUGUCAUGCUCUAACCCUGGUUUUGAAAUACUGAUUGCCUUCACAUUAGCCAUGCUGGUGCUUCUGAUACCCCUGGCUUUCAUAAUCUACUCCUACAUUCACAUAAUUUUUAGCGUAGCGAGAAUAGCCAGUUCACAGGGCCGGUGGAAAACCUUCUCCACCUGCAGCACUCAGGUGUGCAUCAUCAGUCUUUACUAUCUGCCACGCUGUACUAUCUAUAUUUUCAAUAUGGCAGGUCUCUACAUGAACCUAGACACCCGCAUCACGCUUAUCCUUUUCUACAGUCUGUUCCCCCCCCUUGUCAACCCCUUCAUUUACUGCUUCAGAACAAAAGAGAUCAAACAGGCACUGGCUCGCUGGUUCAGUGUAAUAAAGCUCAACAAGAAGUCCUCCAUUGCUGCUAUUGUCAAAUGACAGUCCCCAUAGACUCUGAAUACGUAGUGGGAGAGACUCAUUAUAAGCACAACCAGUUAUGUUGUAUAGUGAAAUUAUUAUGCCUUCAAUUAUGUGAAAUAUGU